UUUCCACCACUUCUCGCAAUUUAUUCAUGAAGACUUUGCCUGUGAGGUUGCUAAAUGACCUGUGUGACAUAUCUAAACAACUGUUAAGCAACUCGAGUAAAAAGGACAACACAGUCAUGGAGAAUGACCCCAUGGAUGAAGAUAUGGAUAUGAGCAGAACCCAAAUGGACAGUCGGGAGGAGAUUGAUCUGUUUGAAGAUGGAGAUGGGACACACCACAGCACUUUCAGACCUCACCAGUCUAAUGAAGAAGCUGCUGAUUCAAAGUACACAACAGGGACCAAGAGUGCAUUAUCUGAGGAACAUUUAUCCAGACAAGACUUGGCCUUCCUGUCUGUGCUUGGUUUCCUGUCACUAUGUGCAUCUUCAGAACUCAACGGUGGAUUCUCCUUCAAACCUCUGGACACCCAACGCAAAUUGCUCAAACUGUUGGACCUCAUAGACUUCUCUCAGAUGCUUCACCUCCACAUGUAUUUUUCAUUGCUGAAGAAACUCCCAGCAGAAAUCACAUCUCUGGAUCCUGAAGAAUUUGAUACUCUUCUAAGGCCUCUGGC